UCGCUAGAGAUUUGCGCCAAAGUCCGUCCUAAAACUACUAUACUGUAGAAAGGUCGUUAUUAUUUCGAACCCGAAAUCAGCAUUCUAUUGUACAACCAGGCACAAUGCCCCUAGACAUUGAUAUGACUCGACGCAACAAGGUGCCUCGUCCUCUUAGUGACGAUGAGCGAGCACGCCUCGAGGAGUACAUCGACUCCAUUCACUAUUCUGCCCGCUAUUCCGAUAACGAAUACGAAUACCGACACGUCCAGCUCCCGAAGGCCAUGCUCAAGGCCAUUCCCAAAGACUACCAUGACCCGUCGAAGGGAACAUUGAAGCUGCUGUGGGAAGAUGAGUGGCGUGCGAUUGGUAUCACUCAGAGUUUGGGUUGGGAGCACUAUGAAGUCCAUGAGCCGGAGCCGCACAUUCUACUCUUUAAGCGGCCCCUUAAUUAUCAAGCACCCCAACAGUGACCGAUGAACGAACAAACCAACCCGAAAAUACAAUGACUUAUCAGCCUUUUCAGGCUUCACCAUCCUUGUAGAUUACUCUUGAUACGCCCCACUACUGCAUAGCGACGUGUGCAUUUAUUAAGGAAUAAUGCUUCGCGACGAUUUAUGGCCGUUCCUAAUCAGUACAGCUCUUUUUUUACUCAUCUGGUUUUCAGCUUGAUCCGUUGGGAGCG